AUGUUCCCAACAUACGCGAUAUAUCCAUUCACGGUUUCCUAUCAGCCUCUCAAAAGCAUAAUUUUCUUCCAUCAAAUAAUUGUCGGCCUCCAGGCAUCCGCGAGUAUGGCAAUAGACGCUAAGAUCGCUUUCCUUUUGAGGUACGUGACAGCCAGAUUCGAGAUUUUAGGAAACGAGAUACGGAAUGCGAAGUCGAUGUACAAAUUCAAUACCUGCAUGAAGAAAUACAAUGAACUCUUAAGGUAUUCGAAAGAAAUACGUCUAUGUACGAAAUUUUUAGUCGUGGCAACAAUGGGGACGACAAUUACCGCAAUGAUUUUUGGUGGCUUAAACUUUGUUACUAAUCAACCAUUAGUUCAAAAAGUUUUGUACGCGACUGUAGUGUUCAGUGCCAGCGUGGAGCUCUUCAUAUACACUUGGCCAGCAGACAGUCUAAUGAGCAUGAGUUUUGAAAUUGCUGCAGCUGUUUACGAUACAGAUUGGUAUAGAAGAGACGUCAAGCAACAAAGGAUGAUGCUUCACGUCAUAUUGAGGUCCCAGAAGUAUGAGGUUGUUCAAAUAAGAGGUCUAGUACGGGAGCUUUCGUUGCCUCAUUACAUGAAGUAUUUAUACACAUCUUUAACGUACUUCAAUGCAUUGCGUGUUCUGAUGCAAACCUCGUAA